AUGAAUGACAUGAAUGAUGACUUUGGAGUAACCAUGGGAUACACAAAAGCAUGGAGAUUAAGAGAAAAAUCUUUGCCUCUAGUAAGAAGGAACCCCGGUGAUUCAUAUCAAAAGUUGCCAAUGUAUCUUUGCAUGUUGAAGCAAGCAAAUCCAGGAACAGUAACACAUCUACUCACAGACAGCGAAGAUAGAUUCAAAUACCAAUACAUAGCUUUCUCUAAUUCAAUCAAAGACUCUGAAAAUGAUAACUCUUGGCUUUGGUUCUUCUCCAAAAUGAGAGACACAUAUGGAGAACCCGAAGGAUUGGCUAUUGUUUCUGACAGACACAAGAGCAUAGACAAUGCAGUACAUAUAGUGUACCCAAAUGCGUUCUAUGGAGCUUGCAUGUAUCACUUGCUCAAUAAUUUGAAAAGCAAGUAUGGAAACCAUGGACAAGAGCUACAAAUGAAUUUCAUUAUAGCAGCAAAAGCAUACACAAAAACAGAAUGUGAACACUACAUGAGAGGCCGUGAUAAACUUGACAGACGCAUUAUACCCUAUUUAGAGAAAGCCAAGUAUGAAACUUGGGAAAGAUCAUACUCACCAACAAAAAGAUACACCAUGAUGACAUCCAACAUCACAAAAUCGCUCAACACUUCACUAAAAGCUGCAAGAAAUCUCCCUAUUGAUAUCUUGAUUGAAUGUCUUAGAAGUUUGGUUCAAAAGUGGGUUUGGAACAACUCAAAUAAUACAAAUGGAACAUUCACAAAAGUGUCUACAUGGAUGGUCUUGCCUUUCAACACAAUAGAAUAUCAAGUUCGUGAUGAAAAGGGGACCAAUUUCACAGUAAAUAUACACAAUAGAACAUGUACUUGUAAUAGGUUUCAAGAAGAUGAAAUGCCUUGUGGGCAUGCAGUCAUUGUAAUUGCAAAGAUAAACUUGGGAGUGUAUGAUUACUAUGCAAAGUUUUACAAAACAGAAACUUUGAAAGCAUUGUAUGAAGUAAAUGUUCAUCCUUUGCCCCAUAAAGAUGAAUGGAAUCUCCCACAACACUUAGACAUAGUGGUGCUCCCUCCAAAGGCGACAAUCCAUGUAGGAAGACCAAGAAAGAAAAGAAUAAGAUCAAGAGGGGAACCAAAAGUAAUAAUUACCUAUGGAAAAUGUGGCCAACCAGGAACAAGAAGACUUGCGGGAAUCCACCAAUUGACAAGGCAAACAAGCAGAAAAAGCAAAAGUCAUAGCUUGAUAUAUUACAACAAAACAACCCUAUCAUAG